AGUACCUGGUCAAUGCGGACUCAUCUCUGCGACCAACCAAUUUCGCUGUAGCGAUUAAAUAACAAAAAAAAAAAUAGUUUCUGUUUUUGUCGACAUGAGUAUAUCUGUUGAUGUGCACGUGCUGUUUUUUGCCAAGUGCCGUGAAUUAGCUAAAACUACUCGCUCAACAUAUACAGUCCCAUCUGAUAUUAAAGCAUAUGAUUUGUUGGAGCAAAUUGUUUUAAGAUUUGGGCUCACGAACAUACGACAGAACUUAAUCAUAGCUCUUAACGAAUCAUACAUCGAAGACUUGAAUGAGAGUUUGGUUUUGAAGGACGGUGACGAAAUAGCUGUGAUACCGCCGUUAAGUGGAGGCUAAGCAAUUCAACAUGAACCACAU